AUGGAGAUCAAAGUGAAGACUCUGACGGAAAAACAAAUAGACAUUGAGAUUGAGCUAACGGACACGAUUGAGCGGAUCAAAGAACGAAUCGAAGAGAAAGAAGGCAUUCCUCCUGUUCAUCAAAGGAUCGUCUACACUGGGAAACAACUUGCUGAUGAUUUAACCGCCAAACAUUACAACCUAGAACGUGGUAGUGUUCUUCAUCUUGUUCUUGCCCUUAGAGGUGGUUGUUGCUAA